CGAGCCUUGUUCACAAAUGAGAAUGAUGUGACAAAUGAGGGUAUUGCUCAUAGACAGAAGCCUUGGUUUAGCGUCCAGUUCCAUCCCGAGCAUACAGCUGGACCAACAGACUGCGAAUUCUUAUUUGAUGUUUUUGUUGAUGCAGUUAAUUCAGUAAAACAGGAGAAGGCAUGCUAUGUGACUGACAAGAUAACCGCUUCGAUUUGUUAUGGAUCAGGCUAUAUCGUGAAACAUCAAAGAAAAGUGCUAGUCCUUGGAUCCGGCGGUCUAACGAUUGGUCAGGCUGGAGAAUUUGACUACUCGGGAGCACAGGCUCUGAAAGCACUCAAGGAGGAAGGCUUGAAAACGGUGCUUAUCAAUCCGAAUGUUGCUACCGUGCAGACUUCUAAAGGCUUCGCAGAUUUUACUUACUUUUUGCCGAUUACUAAAGAAUAUGUGAUUGAUGUGAGUGUGAUUAAAAAAGAACGACCUACGGGGAUUUUGUGCACAUUUGGAGGACAAACAGCUCUAAACUGUGCCAUCGAUCUCUAUAAGGAUGGAAUCUUCGAGCAAUACAAUGUCCAGGUACUCGGUACCCCAAUCCAAACGAUCAUGAAUACGGAAGAUCGUGAAAAGUUCAUUGAAGAAGUAACAAGUAUCGGGGAAGAAGUAGCCCCCAGCCGAGCUGCCACUACUCUCCAAGGAGCAAUCGAUGCAGCUGAACUGCUUGGCUAUCCAGUGCUGGUAAGGGCUGCUUACGCGCUAGGUGGACUUGGCUCAGGGUUUGCUGACAAUCGCGCGGAACUUGUAACGAUUGCGCAACAAGCGCUGGCACAUUCGGACCAAGUUCUGAUUGAUAAGAGUCUGAAGGGGUGGAAAGAGAUGGAAUAUGAAGUUGUUCGUGAUGCUUACGACAACUGUGUUACAGUAUGUAACAUGGAAAAUGUGGAUCCUCUAGGCAUACACACCGGAGAAUCUGUUGUGGUGGCUCCAUCCCAAACUCUUUCUGACAAAGAGUACAAUAUGUUGAGAACAUGCGCCAUCAAAGUGAUUCGUCACCUUGGAAUUAUUGGAGAAUGCAAUAUACAGUACGCCCUUGACCCGUUCUCCCAUACGAUUGGCAGCUCUAUGAAAUCAGUUGGAGAAGUGAUGGGGAUUGGACGGUCAUUUGAGGAAGCCUUCCAGAAAGCCCUCAGAAUGGUUAGUGAUCAUGCCGAUGGUUUCUCGCCCUACACAUUCCCCAGGAUGCCUACCGAUGAGGAUCUGGAAAAACCUACGGAUAAGCGAAUGUUUGCGCUCGCUAGAGGAAUGUAUCAUGGUGACUUUGAUGUAGAGAAAGCUUAUAAUCUCACACAUAUUGAUAGAUGGUUCCUAUACAGAAUGCAGAAUAUUGUAGAGAUCUACCAUAAGUUAGAGAAGGAGACGAUUGAUACGGUGGCUGGAGAAUGGCCAGCACAGACAAACUACCUCUACGUCACUUACAAUGGCGUUGAAAAUGAUGUGGCGUUUGAUAUGGUGAGUUAA